CACAUGUGACCAAGACACCGACCUCGCAACACGUCUAAGCAACUCUUAGCCGCAUCGAGAUGGCGGACUCUAUGAAUGAGGAAACAAAGCUGAUGCUUCGCAAGGCGUUCGCGAUGUUCGACGAGGAAAAGACCGGCUUCAUCGAGGCGACGCAGCUCGGAGGGAUCUUGAAGGACCUCGGCCAGACGGUGGAUCCGGACGAACUCAAGAAUACCAUUAUGGAUAUGGAUGUUGAAGGCAAGGCGCUGUCGGAGAACAAGGUCACCUUCGAGCUCUUCGUGAACAUUGUCGGGGUCUUCCUUCAGGAUGAGGACGAUGAGGCGAUGGCCGAGGAACUCCGGGAGGCUUUUAGGCUCUACGACAAGGAAGGAAACGGCUACAUCACGACACAGACGCUGAGGGAGAUUAUGAAAGAGCUCGAUAACAAACUGACAGAGGAUGACCUGGACGGAAUUAUCGACGAGGUUGACGAAGAUGGCUCAGGAACCGUAGACUUUGAUGAAUUUAUGGAGAUGAUGACAGGAGAAUAAACUGGAUUCCUGCUUUAUCAACCUGAUUAACUGCAUCUUCUAUGUUAAAACCUAAACAAUUAAUACUUUUAAAAUGUUCUUGACCUAUUUUUUGUUUUCUUUUAGUUAUUCUGUGUAAUUCACAUUCGCCAUUUCCAAAAGAACGUAUGUGUUAAAAAAAAUAUCCAAAACUGUACAUCAGAAAGAAAGUAUGAGAGAGAGACGGAGCCACAUCAUUGAAAAAUUAGUAUUCUUUCAUAUAUUAAAUUUCCAUUUGUGCCAGAAAAUCCAGAUCUCCACAAAUAACAUGAAUGUUAAUGAGAAAAAAGGCCCAUAAAUUCAUUAUGAAAUAAAGUUACGUCGAAAAAUGACACUGACAUCACAGUUUCCCAGCAAUGACAGCUCCAUACGUUUCCAAACCUUAAUCAUUUCAUUAUAUUUAACUGCGGCGUUAUCUUUCCGAUUAUGAAGCCAUAACUAAUUGAUGUUAAAACCAUUAGAAACGAAAUCAAAUUAAUUUUUUUGUCUCAUCAUUGAUUUGUAUUAGAUUUUUUUUUUUUUGGACAAGUCAAGUACAGAAAUUCAAGGGAUAAUGUAUGUAAUCGUAAAAGUAACUAAGGAUUUGCACUCGAAAUCUUUAUUACAUUUUCUACAGCUAAAAAAAACAGAUCAUCCUUUCGCAUUAGUCUGUUUAUUCACGUGAUUACAAAUUUGAAUCAAGCACUAAACUGUGAUUUACUAUGAAGCCAAAAAAAUAUCGUUUUCCUGUCGAUGAUUUCAACAGUUUUUUAUUUUAUUAAAUUUUAUUUUAUUUAUCUAUUUAUUUGUUUAUUAUUAUUAUUCUUAAAAGAAAUAUCGACGUUUUUCUUCCGGAUGAGAAAUGCUGGGGUGGGGUGGGGGUCCAAAACACACCUUUGCUUUGAAUGAUUUAUUGUUUACCUGGCCAGUUUAUUAUGAGUAUAUACUUACCUCUUCCCUAUCUUCAUGCCUAUUAGUUGAUAUCAGUCGAUCUAUCUGUCAAUCCGCUUUUAAAUUUCCAUCUAUUAGUCAGUCAGUAUAUCUAUUUAUCUAUGUCUAUAUCAUUUUAUUAAUCAUUUAAUCUACCGGUUUAUAAUAGCAUUUCCUUUUACAUUCAUUUUUUUUCUUUUCCGUUACUCUCAUUAUUCUUGUUUUAUUUUAUUUUGUUACCUCUUUCCCUUUUUUGAGUUAUGUAUUUUACCUUUAUCUUCAUUUUGUAACUUACUUUCGUUUGUCUUGGCCAAGGAGAAGUCUCUGAGGCGAAAAUCCUUUAACAAGGAUACAAUAAAAGGACUCUAUAU